AUGUGGCUUUAUCAUUUUUUGCUGGGGUUUGACCUGAAAGGGCUUUUCCUGUUUAUUUUUAUAUUUAUCCUAAUAGCAGACUUCCUAAAAUUUAGGAAUCCUCCAAAUUAUCCUCCAGGACCUCUGCCCCUUCCCCUUGUGGGAAAUGUCUUCAGUGUAGACAGGAAACAUCCGCAAAUUUAUUUUACUAAGCUGGCUGACAUCUAUGGGAAUGUGUUUAGUGUCCGCCUUGGCGGUGAGAAGAUGGUGUUUGUGUCUGGGUACAAGAUGGUGAAGGAAGCCAUAGUGACACAAGCUGAGAAUUUUGUGGAUCGACCAUACAGUGCAAUGGUUGACAGGUUAUACUCAGGAGACUCAGGUGGUCUGUUCUCAAGCAAUGGUGAAACAUGGAAGAGACAGCGACGCUUUGCCUUGUCUACCUUACGUAGUUUUGGCCUGGGCAAAGGUACCAUGGAGCAGAGUAUCUGUGAGGAGAUCCGACAUCUGCAGGAGGAGAUAGAGAAGGAGAAAGGUGAACCUUUCAAUCCAGCAGGCUUCUUCAACAAUGCUGUGUCCAACAUCAUUUGCCAGCUGGUGUUCGGGAAACGGUUUGACUACAACGACCACAACUUCCAGACCAUGCUGAAGUAUAUGUCUGAAACUGUUAGGCUGGAGGGCUCUGUAUGGGGUACGCUGUAUGAGUCAUUCCCUGGAGUGAUGAAGCACUUGCCAGGUCCUCACAACAAAAUAUUCAGCUACAACUACGCCAUCCUAGAUUGGAUCAGUCAGGAGAUAAAAAGUCAUAAGAAGGACCUGGACCACAGCGAUCCCAGGGACUACAUUGAUGCUUUCAUCAUUGAAAUGGAGAAUCACAAAGAGACUAAUCUGGGCUUCACUGAGACCAAUCUGGCCAUGUGCACUCUGGAUCUAUUCGUGGCGGGAUCAGAGACAACCUUCACUACUUUGCUCUGGGCUUUGGUUUUCCUUAUCAAAAACCCUGAUAUUCAGAACAAAGUCCAGGCAGAGAUAGACAGAGUGAUCGGACAGACCCGACUGCCCAGAAUGGCCGACAGACCUAACCUGCCCUACACCGACGCUGUCAUCCAUGAGAUCCAGAGGAUGGGAAACAUUGUUCCUCUCAAUGGACUUAGAAUGGCUGCCAAAGACACAACACUGGGUGGUUACAUCAUACCCAAGGGUACGUCCUUGUUGCCCAACUUGACCUCUGUGCUGUUUGACAAGACUGAAUGGGAGACACCAGACACCUUCAACCCUGGACACUUCCUAGAUGCUGAGGGAAAGCUUGUGAAAAGAGAUGCUUUCCUGCCUUUCUCUGCAGGGAAACGCGUGUGUCUCGGAGAAGGCCUCGCCAAAAUGGAGCUGUUCCUGUUUUUGGUUGGUUUACUACAGAAGUUCUCUUUCUCCGUUCCUGAUGGAGUAGAGUUAAGUACAGAAGGAGUUACUGGAGUUACACGUGUACCGCACUCCUUCAAUGUUUACACCAAGACUCGCUGAAUUAUACCAUAUCUCACUGAAUCAUUUUUCAUCUACACAACGUGUAACAAACAUACUGUAGA